GAGAGGCUACCUGUCUUAUGUUCCCAGACCGCUUCCGCGUCCAACAUAACAUACGCAGAUAAUUCUCCGCCGUAUCAGAUCUCUCAAGCCGUUGGCUUUCAAACACUUGUUGGGUAUAGAGACUUCCUGACAUUUCGAUUUAUGGGAGUUCGCUUCGCAGCCGAGCCCGAGAGAUUCACAUACUCUUCUAUAUACGAGGGGACGGGGACUAAUGAUGCUCUUGAGCCUGCGCCGGAGUGUCUAACCUUGCCCAACAAUGGCUCGACAGACUGUCUGUUUCUCAACAUUUGGACCACCAGUCUGCCUAGACCGGGUGCAAAACAGAAUCUCAAACCUGUGAUGGUCUACAUCUAUGGAGGUGGCUUCACUACCGGAUCCGCAAGUAAUCCAACAAAUGAUGGGGGCAACCUUGCUGCUCGAGGAGAUGUCGUGGUUGUUGACAUCGCGUAUCGUUUAUCCACCCUCGGCUUCCUUGCCUUAGACGAUGGCGUUCACAAUGGCAAUUACUUCCUCUCCGACCAGAUCGCUGCCUUGGAGUGGGUACAGAAGCACAUUGAGAGGUUUGGCGGAGACCCAUCUCGUGUCACCAUAUUCGGCGAAUCGGCUGGUGCUGAGUCUGUGAAUGCUCUCAUGGCUUCGCCAAAGGGCAAAGGCUUGUUUCAUGGAGCUAUACUGCAGUCGAACUACUACCAACCUUACGUCCCCUUGGUCACUGCAGUCAAUCAGAGCACAACUCCGAUACUCAAUCUCGCAGGUUGCCGCGAUGCCGCCGAUCAGUUGGCAUGCCUCCAAGCAUACAAUGCUACUGAGUUGCUUGAUCUCAAAACUGUCUUCAACUACCCUGUUGUUGAUGGCACAUACCUCGUGUCCGAGUUCAUUGAUCUUAACAGUACGACAGACAUCACGAAUCGCGUGCCAGUCAUCAUGGGCGUGAAUAGAGACGAAGAAGGAGUCCUUGGCACAGUAUACCCUACCACCAACCUCACUACCGGCAUUGAUGACAUAGCUGCUGCAAAUCAUCUCAACGCCAGUGACAUCCCCGCCUCAGAUCUCUUCCCUCUUGGUACCAGCGACAACAACAAUGCCACUCUGAAUGUCUUCAAUACAACCACUCGCAUCUCCACAGAUGUCUCUUUCCGCUGUUCCAACCAAUUCGAAGCCUACGCCGGCGUCAAAGACGGUGUCCUCCCCAACAUAUGGUUCUAUGAGUUCAAUCGCACAUAUCAAGAUCCAGCAUACAACCCCAAUCUCGUCUGCGCAGCUCCAGUCACACCUUCCCAUCCCUAUGGGGAUCCUUCUCAGGAAUACUUCAAAUGCCACGCCGGAGAUCUGGCGAACACGUUUGGCAAUGUAGCUCGUGUAGGUUUUCCUGAUCGAGAUGGCUUGGAUGCGAAGUUCGGGCAGUUGAUCACCGACUAUUGGACUAGCUUUGCGAGGAAUCUUGAUCCCAACCCUGAUAUGGCAUAUCUCAAGGUCAGAGGGUACUGGAAUACUAUCGAGCAGAUUGAGAAGUCUGGUGCUUGGGAGAAGGUUGAUGUGGAGCAGCCGAUGAUGAUGGAGCUGCAGUGGAACUCUGUCAUGAUGCCUUUCAGAGAUAUUGAGCAGUGUGCUGUGUUGGGUUAUCCAUUGGACUUCCUUACUAGGUGA